AUGUUGGUGUCGAAGGGCAACGGCAACGGCGGCGGCGCGGGCGGCGGCGCGGGCGCGGGCGUGGGCGGCGGCGGGGGCGGGGGGCGCGGGCGGCGGCGGGGCGCGGGGGGCCUGGAGGGCAACGGCGCGGGGCUGAGCGGCGGCGCGGGCGCCUCCCUGGCCGACUGCCGGCAGCUCACGUGGCUCAACGUGGACUCGAACAAGCUGUCGACGCUGGAGGCCGGCGCGCUGCCGCCCACGCUGCAGACGCUCAGCCUGUCGCACAACCAGCUGGCGCGCUUCCCGGCCGAGGCGCUGGACCCGCUGCGCCACCUCAGCUCGCUCGCCCUGCGCGGCAACUACCUCGAGGCGCUGCCCGACUACACCUUCCGCUACCGCAAGCACCUCGAGCGGCUCGACCUGGGCGAGAACGCGCUCCAGUCGCUGCCGCCCAGCAUGUUCAACAACUCGAUGACGGUGCGCGACCUGCUGCUGGAGUACAACUACCUGACGUUCCUGCCGGCGCAGGCGUUCCGCUGGCUGAACGCCGGCCGCAUCUACCUGUCGAUGAACCGCCUCAACGCCACGGACGACCGCGCCUUCGUGGGCCUCAGCCACACGCUCGAGUACCUCGACCUGGAGCACAACGAGCUGCGCGCCGUGCCACGCGCGCUGGCGCAGCUCAAGCGCCUCAAGUUCCUCUACAUCCCGUCCAACCGCAUCGCCGACGUGGCGGACGACGCCUUCGAGAGCUUCGCGCAGUCGCUGCGCGCGCUCUCGCUCUCGGGCAACCAGCUGUCGCGCAUCCCGCGCGAGGCGCUGCGCGACUGCCGCCGCCUCUCGCACUUCAACGUGGGCUACAACCAGAUCUACGAGGUGGAGGAGGAGGACUUCGCCCGCUGGGGCGGCGCGCUCGACACGCUGGUGCUGCGCAACAACCGCAUCGCGCGCCUCGACGCGCACGUCUUCCGCCACACCGCGCGCCUGCGCGAGCUCAGCCUCAGCUUCAACAAGCUCAGCGAGGUGGACCCCGACGCGUUCGCCGACGUGGCCGCCACGCUGCAGUCGCUCGAGAUCAGCUUCGGGCUGUACCGCGAGGACUUCCCCGAGGACUUCCUCAAGCCGCUCACGUCCCUCCAGUGGCUGGCGCUCGACAACAACAACUUCCGCACCAUCUCCCCCACGGCGCUCUACACCUUCAGUCAGCUGCAGUACCUCAACCUGGAGGCGAACAGGAUAGGCAGCCUGGCGCCCGAGGUGUUCCACCCCAACGUGCACAAGAUCCUUCGGGACGUGCGUCUGUCGUACAACCACCUGGUGGAGAUCCAGUCGGAGACGUUCGCCGGGCUGGAGGCGUUGCAGAUGGUGGUGCUGACCGGCAACCGCAUCCAGACUGUGCGCACCAACGCCUUCCGGGCGCUGCCCAGCCUGUUGACGCUCGUCGCCUCCGACAACCGCCUGACGAACCUGGCGCCGCGUUGCUUCAGCGACCUGCCCAACCUCGUCAAGCUGGACCUGCAGAACAACGAGCUCAAGGACUUCGCGCUCAACGUGUUCGUGAACGUGACGUCGCCCUACAUGCCCAUGAACAUGAACCUGUCUCGGAACCAGAUCGCGGCGCUGUACGCCGGCGACACGGGGGGCCCCAUGUACGUGAAGGCGCUGGACCUGAGCCACAACCGCGUGUCGGAGGUGCCGGUCAACUUCGUGCAGAGUUUCGCGACCUCGCUGCGGCGCCUGCACCUGGGCUACAACCGCAUCUCGAGGAUCGACCCCGAGGCCUUCGGGCCGCUGGAGCUGCUGGAGGUGCUGACGUUGGAGCACAACGGGAUCGUGACGCUGCGCAAGAAGGCCCUGCAGGGGCUGUCGGUGCUGCAGGUGCUCGACCUGUCGCACAACCACAUCGAGCAGCUGCAGGUGGAGCAGUUCUCCGGCCUGCAGCACCUGCGCAUCGUCGACCUGUCGCACAACCACGUGCGCUCGCUGUCCAGGGACGCCUUCCAGGACACGCGCCUGGAGAAGCUGGACCUGUCGCACAACGAGUUCGUGGUGAUGCCGAACGCGGCGCUGGGGGAGGUGGGCGACUCGCUGCGCUACCUGGACAUCUCGCACAACCACAUCGAGCACCUGGACAGCACCAUGUUCUCCGACACGCCCUACCUGCUGGGGCUCGGCCUGGCGCACAACAAGCUCACCAUCCUGCCCGACAACGUCUUCACCGGCCUGGGCGCCCUGCUGCGCCUCGACCUGGGCAGCAACCCGCUGCGCGCCAACUUCAAGCUCUUCCACUACGCUGGCAGCGUCGCGCCCCUGAGCCUGGCCGAACACGGGGCUCAGCGAUGCCGCCGCUGGCCGUGCCCAACCGUGUCGCUGAACCUGAGCGCCAACGCCAUGGAGGAGUGGGCGCCGGCGCCGUGGAGGGCCUGGAGCGCCUUGCGCUCGUCGACCUCAGCUGGCAAGCCGCCUGCGCGCCAGCGCCACUCGCACGCCUGCCGGCACCUGCCGCUGCCUCAAGGGACGCUAUGCACCCUCGCGCAACCCAUCAGGUGA